AUGAGUGUUGUGGAACUUUCUAUCCCCAGUAAAAAGAAUUACGUCUUUAAAAAUUGGGCAGGGAUAUAUUCUGCCAAACCGAAACUUUUUUUCCAACCAAGAUCCAUUCAAGAAGUCGUAGAUAUUGUGAAAGCAGCAAAUAAAUGUGGGAAAACAAUAGUAACUAUUGGUGCUGGUUAUUCACCAAGUAGUAUGUGUGUUACUAAUGAGUGGCUAGUUAAUUUAGAUCUUAUGAACAAGAUCCAUACUCUAAGUGAAGCUCCUAAUGGUUCAUAUGCUGAUAUUACCGUCGAUGCUGGUAUUAGAAUUUGCCACUUAAAUGAAUAUUUAAAUGAGAAGGGGUUCACUAUGCAAAGUUUAGGUUCCGUCGCUCAACAAAGUAUCGCAGGGAUCAUUUCCACUGGUACUCAUGGUUCUUCACCAUACCAUGGUUUGGUAUCAAGUACAUGUGUUAGUUUAACCAUUGUUAAUGGGAAGGGAGAAAUUGUUUAUUUAGAUUCUGAAAAUAACCCUGAAAUCUUCAGGGCUGCAUUAUUAUCAUUAGGGAAAAUUGGUAUCAUCGUGGCAGCUACUGUUCGUGCUGUUCCUGCUUUUAACAUCAGGGCCACUGAAGAAAUUAUCACGUUCGAAGGGUUAGUGGAAAAAUGGGAUUCUUUAUGGUUAUCAUCCGAGUUUAUCAGAGUAUGGUGGUAUCCAUACUCUAGGAAAUGUGUUCUAUGGAGAGGUUCUAAGACACAAGAUCCAGAGACUGCUAAACCUAAGUCAUUUUUACAGAAUAGGUUUAUUAGAUUCCUUUAUGAAGCUUCAUUAUGGAUAUCAUGUAAAAUCUAUAAACCAUUAACUCCUUAUCUUGAAAAAUUCAUCUUUAAUAAACAAUUUGGUCAAUUAGAAAGUAAUCCAAAAUCAUCUGUUUCUAGAUCUCCUGAGGGGUUCGCUUUAGAUUGUUUAUUUUCACAAUUUACUGAUGAAUGGGCUUGUCCACUAGAAAAUGGGCCUGAAGUUUUACGUUCUCUUGAUGAUUCAAUUGCAAGAGCAGCCAAAAAUAAAGAAUUUUUUGUUCAUGUCCCAAUGGAGAUCCGUUGUGCUAAUACAACUGUACCAAAGGAACCAUUAGAUACAUCCCAAAGAACCUCUACUAGUGAAGGUCCUGUUUAUGGUAAUACGCUACGUCCUUAUCUAGAUAAUACUGCUCGUCAUGAUGAUUAUGCCUCUCCUAAGGACGUCACUAAUAAUUUAUUGACCGUUUACAUUGGAACUGUGGCAUACAGACCGUUCCAUUGCAAUACAUCAAUCUACAAAUGGUUCUCGGUGUUUGAAGAUACUAUGACAGGUGCUGGCGGGAAACCACAUUGGGCUAAGAAUUUCCUGGGAUCCACUUCGUUAGUUAGCCAAGAUGUAAAGAAAUCAAAUUAUAAAGAUUUUGAAAUGAGAGGGAUGUCUACAAGAAUUAAAGAAAUGUAUGGUGAUGACUUAAUUGAAUUCCAAAAAAUCAGAAAAGAACAAGAUCCUAAUAAUAUCUUCGUCAUGAAUAAAGAGUGGGCUGUAAUAAAUGGUAUCGUUGAUAUAAAUGAGGUUUCAUAA